UCAUUUAAAACUUCGAAGACGGAAACGCUCAUUCCAGACAGCCAGGUUGCUGAUCUUCUAUCCGCAGCGCGCCUGGAGUACUCAGUUCAAAAUGGGAAGUUUCUUCUCGAGCCUGUUUUCGGGUCUCUUUGGCACAAGAGAGAUGAGAAUUCUUAUCUUGGGUUUGGAUGGUGCUGGAAAGACUACAAUCCUCUACAGGCUGCAAGUUGGAGAAGUUGUCACAACAAUCCCCACUAUCGGGUUCAAUGUUGAAACUGUGACUUACAAGAACCUGAAGUUCCAAGUGUGGGAUCUUGGUGGCCAGACGAGCAUCAGGCCGUACUGGCGCUGCUAUUAUUCCAACACAGAUGCUGUGAUCUAUGUUGUGGACAGCAGUGACCGUGACAGGAUGGGUAUCUCAAAGUCUGAGCUGGUGGCGAUGCUGGAGGAGGAAGAACUGAAAAAAGCCAUCCUGGUUGUGUUUGCCAACAAACAGGACAUGGAGCAAGCCAUGACGCCCACUGAGGUGGCCAAUGCCUUGGGGUUACCUGCACUCAAAGACAGGAAGUGGCAGAUCUUCAAAACAUCUGCCAUCAAAGGAAUAGGCCUGGAUGAGGCUAUGGAAUGGUUGGUGGAGUCUCUGAAGAGCCGACAGUAAUUGCACUUGCGCCACUCUCUGUAAAUACUUCUCUGUCCUCUGAAACUUCUAGUUGAAAGACUUUGGUGCCCUUUGGACCAGUGACUGCGUUUCCCUUUUCCCCUUUAUAUGAAGGCAUUUUUUUUUUUUUCUUGUACCCUCUACUUAAAAUGAAACUACAGUUACAGAAUAUCUGGGCUUCAGUACAGCCUGAGCACUGAAUAUUCACUGGUUCCCAGUUCAUAUGGACUCUGUACAUGAGCUGUAGGAAACACUGCGGUCCUAGACUUGUGCCGAUUGAUCUAUACUGGUGCCAGUUAGACCUGUUCUUCCUGUAAACACAUCCACUACAUUGGAGUAUCUUAAUCAGUUUGGCAUUUCCUCUGUCCCCCUUUAAGCUUGGUACCAGACUCUUGAGUCACUGCUACUUGUGCUAUUUCUUCAAACUCCUUACUCGGUUCUCUGGCUUUGGUAUCUAACUACAUUUGGGUAUUUUAGUGGGUUGUUUUAUUUAAGACUAAUUGUUUUGUUUGUAUGCAGUGGAUUUGUCAUUGCGUAUUUAUAUACAAGCAUGUACAGUGGACAAUAUUGUGUUAACACUGAAAUAAAUCUGAUAUCAAUAAUCUUU